AUGGCCAAUCUCCAAUACUUCACCUAUCCGGGUCACGGCGUCAAGGUGGGCGACUUCUUCGGCUACAGCCAGGCUGUCCGCGUUGGCGACCGCCUCGAGUGCUCCGGGCAAGGCGGGUGGGAUACGACUACAGGCGAGGUGCCCGCCGAUCUGAUGGAGGAGAUCGAUCAGGCGUUCGCCAACGUGGACUACAACCUCAGGCACGCCGGCGGCAAGGGCUGGUCGCAGGUCUUCCGGGUCAACAUCUACUACACGGACGGCAGCCCAGAGGCCUUGGGACGGAUGGCCGAAAAUAUGAAGAAGUGGAUGCCCAACCAUAGGCCCAUACUGACGGGCGUAGGCGUCAAGGAGCUGGCCCUGGAGGGAAUGCGUGUCGAGAUUGAGGUGUCUGCGUACCUUGCAUAA